AAAAGCUUGAAUACGACGACCACCAAGAAAUCGGAUGUCUCGAUUCAAAAUUUUACCCACCUUCAUGUUAAUCAGAAUUUUGCUGUGAAUUUAUCAUGGGUAGAUAAGGCAACAAUGGCUUCAGCAGAAGGUAGGGCUAGGUGGUUUCAUUACGCUAAUCAUUGCAUUGUUCAAGAAGAUUACAAGGGGGUUUCAGGACCUGGUAGCCUACCUCCGUCUUCAUCUAAAUCACAAUCAGAAGAGAGUCCUGGUGAUGGAGCCAACUCAUAUGACUUCCUGGCUGACACCAAAUGGUGGUUAUGCCCGCAACCUAAAGAUAAUGCUACUUCUUUCUGGGAACCAUCAUGGGAGACCUUGAACAUAGAAGAAUUUGCAAAAAUCAAGGAACUUGAAGCGGUAAUUGGUGACACAUCACAGAAAAAGCCUAGUCAAGAUGAUCAUCUGCUUAUAUCUGAAAAAUCUGAGAAGCUUUUUUCUGAAAUGGAGGCCCAGUUAAUCAGAAUCAACAAAACUGAACCAUGGUGGCGCACAGCUGACUUGAACGACUUGGCUUCCUUUGUUUCUGAUAAAUCGGUUGAGCAUUUUGACAAUUCUGAUCUUCCACGACCUCAGAUAAAUAAACCAGGUCAGUGGUUUGUUCCUGACAAAGGUUUGGCUUCCUUAGAUCAGGUUUCCAAUUUUGCAGGCUCCAUGCCAAGAAUUCCCACCUCAGUAGGCAUAAGUCAAUCACACAGUCUUUCAGGUGCCACAGGAUGCUCACAAUGUGGUUUGGAUGUUCCAUUAAGGUAAUACUUCACUAAGAAUAUGUUUGGCACACUAGCUGUUGGCUGAUAAGCUGACUGAUAAAUUAGUCAUGCUUGGUGAAAAUUGGCUGUAAGCUAGCUGUUGGCUGA